GCGGCCCCGGCGCCGCGUUCCUCAGUGGGCACGCGCCCCGCCGCUCCCCGCUACGAACCGAGCCAAUCAGGGCGCGCGCGGGGGCUGCCGGGAGCGGCGCGGCGGGAUGCGGGCGGCGCUGCGGCGGCUCGGCGGGGCGCCAUGGCCGCUCUGGCCGCUCCGCGCCUCCCAGGCGGCCCCGCGGCCUCGCUGUGUCGGCCCGGGCUCUGCGCCGGCCCCGCGGUGCUGGAGCUGCGGCGCCGCCCUCCCCCGCGCCGAGGGGCCGCCUCACUUCUGCCCCGGCUGCCGGGCGCUGCAGCCGCCGGGGCCGCGGCCUGACCUGUUCCGCCUGAUGGGCUGUGCCCGCUCCUUCCGCAUCGACGCGCAGCAGCUGCAGCGGCGGUUCCGGAGCCUGCAGCGUGCCGUUCACCCCGAUCGCUUCGGCCAGAGGCCGCCGGAAGAGCAGUACUACUCGGAGCAGCACUCCUCCUUGAUCAACAAGGCGUACCAAACCCUCCUGAACCCCCUGAGCCGUGGUCUCUACCUGCUGGAGCUGAAGGGAGUAGAGCCAGCACAAGAAACGGACUCUGAGGCAGACUCAGAGUUUCUCUCAGAAAUCAUGGAAAUUAACGAGAAAUUAGCAGAGCCUAAAAAUGAGGAUACCCUUGAAGACAUUGAAACUUUACUUAAAGUUAAACAAGAAGAACUGACCAAAGAGGUGACUGCAGCUUUUGAAAGAGAUGAUCUUCAAGAAGCUAAGAAGCUUCUAGGCAAAAUGAAAUAUUUUGCAAACUUAGAGGAUAAGCUAAAGAAGAAGAAGAUCCCUUCCUGAUACCGCCUCCUUCACCACCGAGUUAAUGUUAUUUUCAAUUAAACAGCUGACUUAGCUACAAAAUCACAAAAAUCGUGUUUGCUUCCUAUGUUUUCAUUAAAAGCUUUAACUCCGAGAGAAGGAAGAUGAACGUAAAAGAAAUCUGGUGCUUACUGUAGCACUUAUUAGGUACUAGAUGGAAUGAGGAAAUGCCGGCAGGCAGAGUUAUGAACGGUGUAACGGGUGAGGCAGGACUGGUGUGUGAGCAGCUACAGCUGGGGCAAGGAGGAUCCCACAGGCACACAAACACCGUCUGUAAUUAACAUUUCCUUCUUUUUGACUACUAAAAUAAGAAGAAUUUCUGGACGAAAUGCUGGAGAUAAAGCACAAAGCUCAUACAAUAGGUCCUUCAAGUUUCCUGCAGUGCCCUUGUGUGUAUCAGACCACUUUGAAAAAUCUUUAGAAGUGAACUGUAUUUAAUUCCUAUCAUCUGUUCUCUCUGCUACUUAGUGCUUUGUGUGAUGCUGAUCUCAGUCUGCCGGGAAUUGACCUUCAAAACUACAAGAGGUUUUACCUUGUUGCGCAGUUUAAAAUGUUAAGAUGUGAGGUCACGGCAAAUAAACCCAAACUGAAUCCCCAGAAACUGUUUUAUUAGUAACCUUUGAGGAAGCAAGUCUUUCUAAUAAACGUUACUACAAAUGACAGUAAUUCAAAUAUCAGUUUCUCAGUAGGUCAGUUCUUUGGGUUUUAAUGGCUCAGAAUAUUUUAUUCAGUAAAGCAAUAACAUACUUGACCACCCAAAUCUGAAGAAGGGGCUUAUAAAUAAGAGAGUGCCAGGGGGUGGGAUUCAUUGAACACCCUCUCCUGGCAUUUCUGUGUCCCUACAACACCAAGCUGCAUCUAAACAUUGAGUCAUCUAUGUAUAAUGCAGUAUGUUUUUAAUAGCAUUUCAGUGAUACAUGUUGUAACAGCAUUUCAGAAAGAUUGACUUGCAUUCAAUUAAACCUCCUCUAAAUAUACGGGAGGAUUUCAUAAGCUACUUGUUCAUGGUGUUAAACUGCUAAUUUAGAAGAUGCUGUUUGUAAUUCUGUUAAGUUACAUGGAAUGCUUUUAAAAUUCAUCGUGGAGUUCUCUUCUUUCAUAAAGCUCUGUUUCCUUUUUUUGGGCAUUUCUUCCAAAAUUAAGCUUGUUGAAUUCCUUUUUGAUUUCCAGAAAAGAUUUGUUUUUUGUCUCAGGAACAACAAGGAAGAUGAAAGCAGCAACUAGGGAGCACUCCAGUAAGAACACCAGGAAACAGUACUGCUUCAGUCCAUUCUGAAAAUAAAAUGUGUUUGAUUGCAAUAUAUUUCAAGUGUAACAGUGGGUCUGGGAAAAUAAAACACUUCUUGUUUCCACUGACA